GCAUGCGAUUGUUAUCGCUUAUCGCGUAGCUAAUCGUGGCUUUGUCGCAGUUGUGUCUAGUUUUUGUUUUUAUUUAAUACAGCCUUAAUAAACAAGUGUUUUACUACGAAUUUCCAAUACGAAAAUGUGCCUUUAGUCUUCGACGCAACGCCAGCUGGAAGAGUUCUCAUAACGAGCUCCUACUAAAACUAAACCAAGUCACCAUGUCAACAUGCAGCAGGCUACUAGUCUGCUGGCUAGUGCAAUUAUUGCUGCUGGCAACGGGCAGGGCCCAACUGCCCAGCGACUUGCAACAACAGCAGCAACAACAGCCGGGCCAGCCACAGUCGCCGACGCAACUGCAACAGCCCCAGCCAUAUCAGCCCAGUUAUAACAAGGAUUAUUCGCCUCGCUAUAAUCCAUUGUACACGGGUCAACCACAAAAUCCCGACAGCACACAAUACGAUAAUCCGUUGCUGGACUUCAACAAUCAGCCAAGUAACCCAAAUUAUGGUGGCGCCGGGCUUAAUCCAAACAACUAUAAUGGCUACAACAAUUACGACGGUAAUCGUCCAUUGUUGGGGACUGGCAGCAAUAUUGGCGGACCAGGCAGCAUUGGCAACGCGGGGCCCCAAUACGAUCCCUUUAAUCGCAACACUGUGACCGGCAACUCAGCUAUCGGCUAUAGGGACAUGUUCACCGAUGAGGAUAACUUUUGUCCCGAGCAUUGGGUAUCAUUCCGACAGACAUGCUAUCGCUUUAUACGGUCCCCCAAGCGCAACUGGGCUGAGGCGAAGAAAAUAUGCAAGGCCUACACAGCGGAUUUGCUGAAUGUGGACAAUGUGGAGAAGCAUUCGUUUAUUUUAAAGCAGUUGAUCCUGCAGAAUCAGCGACAAAAUCGUUUCUUUAUCUCGGCACGCCAAACGGGUCCACAAAACUGGGUGAAUGAUGACAAUACGCAACUGGUGCAAAUUGAAGACUCUUUUGCCUUCGAUGAGCAGCAGGCGCUCGAAAACGAGGAUCUAAUUGACAAUCGUUUUCUUGUGCAAAACGAUCCGAACAAUCGCAAUUUUAAUAAUAAUCCCAAUCAGUACUAUAAUUCGCUGGCGGGCACAACGAAUCUGAAUCAGCGGAAUCAAAACAAUCUGCGUGGCUACUUUGGUCCAAAUCAGCCCUAUGGAGAUAAUGGCUAUUUGCGGGAUCGUGUGGUUUAUGCUUAUUCGAAAAAACGCGAUCGCUGGAUGUUUAUGCCUGCGUACGAAAUUGAAAUGAAUCUCUUUAUAUGCGAGUCCAAGGCGCUUUACAGUCCUGACAAUGUCAAUAUAAAACUGGAUGAUAAACGCCCCUAUACCUAUGGCCUGGACAUUCGAGAUUUGGAGCGCAUACCACGUGGCCCGUUCUUUGUAAAGCAACCAAAUGACACAACCUUUGAUGUGAACAAGAAUCGGUUGAUCAACGAUGUUUCACUGGGCUGCCUUGCUGGAGGCUAUCCGACGCCCACAUACGAGUGGUUUCGCGAAGUCUAUGUGAACGAUACGUUGGAAUACCAUCGGAUUGAUCCCUUGGUGGACAAUCGCUAUACCAUAUCGGGCGGCAAUUUGAUUAUUUAUGAGCCCAAGCAGGCUCUGGAUCAGGGCGCGUAUCAUUGCAUUGCACAAAACAAAUUUGGUCGCAUCCGUUCGGAGAGUGCGCAUCUUAACUUUGGUUUCAUUAUGGAAUUCAAUUUGAAGCGUUCGGCAGAAUCAAGUGAAAUGAACUGGGGCAAGUCUAUAUUCUGCGAUCCGCCGCAACAUUACCCGGCUAUUAAAUACUAUUGGUCGCGUGAUUAUUUCCCCAAUUUCGUGGAGGAGGAUCAGCGUGUUUUUGUCUCUUACGAUGGUGCCCUCUACUUCUCGUUUAUUGAGAUCGUAGAUCGUGCAAAUUAUUCGUGCACUGUACAAACGCUUGUCUCAGAUACGGGUCGCAAUGGACCCUUCUUUCCGCUGCGCGUUACGCCCAAUAGCAAUUAUCAGGCGUUGAUCUUUGCCAAUACUUUUCCCAAAGUCUUUCCGGAAGCUCCAGUUGCCGGCGAAGAGAUUCGUUUGGAAUGCAUGGCUUUUGGCUAUCCUAUACCUGCGUACAACUGGACGCGCAAUGGCCAGCCGCUGCAGCGCAAUGCCUACACGACCAGCUAUGGACGCGUUCUGAUCAUUCGGAAUGCCACGACCAAUGAUAAUGGCCAGUACACGUGCAGUAUUACCAAUCCCCGUAAGACUCUGGAAAAGUCCAUUUAUAUCAACAUACAAAUGCGACCUGAAUUCACCAUACCGCUUAAGGACAUGAUCAAGGACUACAACAGUGAUGUGACCUUCAUUUGUGAAGCCUUUGCCAUACCCGAUGCCAACUACACUUGGUACAAGAACGGCGAGCGUCUUGAUCCUUUAAGCAUCAAUCGGGACCGCUAUGUUAUACAGGACAAUUUGCUUACCAUUAAAUUCCUUGAGAAGGACAAAGAUGAGGGCAUGUACCAGUGUGGUGCACAGAAUCAGCUGAAGACAUCCUACAGCUCGGCUCAGUUGCGUGUGCUAUCCAUGAAGCCAUCGUUUAAGAAGCGUCCGCUCGAAUCGGAGAUCUAUGCUGUUUACAAUGGCAAUACGACUAUUGUUUGUGAUCCAGAGGCUGCACCACGUCCCAAAUUUCAAUGGAAAAAAGAUGGUCAAUUGCUGGGCUCCGGUGGACAUCGUCGCAUUUUGCCCAGCGGCACUCUCAUCAUAUCACCUACAUCCCGUGAUGAUGAGGGCAUGUAUACGUGCGUAGCCUCCAAUCAAGCGGGAUCGGAUGAAUCGCAUGCUCGAGUAAUUGUCCUACAGGAAAUUCGCUUUGUACAGAGGCCACCGCAGCGCAUUGUUUCCCGCGAGCAUGACCUUAUUUAUCUACACUGUGAGGCUGCUUACGAUGAGCUGCUGGACAUUGCCUAUGUUUGGAAGCAUAAUGGAGAAGUACUACGCAAUAAUCACGACGGCACCGAGCGCAUUAUUGUCGAUUGGAACAGCUUGACGGUGCACAACACAACGAUGCGCGAUUCUGGCGAUUAUGAGUGUGUCGUCAAAUCAGCUGUCAAUGAAAUUAGUACCACGACAAAUGUUAUCAUUGAGGGCGCUCCUGGUGCUCCAGGCGGGGUGCAGGUGAUUGAGAUUGGCAAGACCAAGGCCAUCAUUGAAUGGGUGGAUGGCGUAAACAAUGGUCGUCCUAUACGCUACUACCAUAUACUUGGCCGCACCAACUGGAAUCGUACUUGGACCAACGUUUCCAUGUUUCAACAUGCGCGUGAGGUAGAUCGUUAUACAUCACGCCAGCAGACUGAGGUCGGAGAUUUAACGCCAUGGUCCUCCUACGAGUUCAGCGUCACGGCUGUCAAUGAUCUGGGCAUUGGCGCACCUUCGGCACCAUCGCCCAUCUACAGCACCUACGACGAUAAACCGUAUAUUGCCCCACGGAAUGUGGGCGGUGGUGGCGGCAAGAUUGGCGAUCUGACCAUUACCUGGGAUCCGUUGUUGCCACAGGAGCAACAUAGUCAUGGCAUACAUUACAAGGUAUUUUGGAAGCUAAAGGGUGCCCUUGAUUGGGCCUCGGAUAUAAUAAAGAAACAAGAAAAUGUAGGCGUGGCCGUGGUAAACAUUCCGCUCAACAACUAUUAUACCGAGUACGAGGUGAGAGUGCAAGCAAUCAACAGCGUUGGCCCGGGACCCAUUAGCGAUACGGUUGUCAUACACUCUGCCGAAGAUAUGCCACAAGUGGCGCCACAGAAACCGUUUGCGCUGGCCUAUAAUUCUACCUGUUUCAAUGUAUCCUGGAGUCCCAUUGACAUGUCUCGUGAGAAUAUACGCGGCAAGCUAAUAGGUCAUAGGUUAAAAUAUUGGAAGACUACGCAUCAGGAAGAGGAUGCCGUCUACUAUUUAUCGCGUACCACACGCCCCUGGGCGCUUAUUGUGGGUCUGCAGCCGGAUACGUAUUACUUUGUGAAAGUCAUGGCAUACAAUGCGGCCGGCGAGGGUCCCGAAAGCGAACGUUUCGAAGAACGCACAUAUCGCAAGGCACCACAGAAACCACCGUCUUCAGUGCAUGUCUAUGGCAUAAAUCCGUCCACGGUGCGCGUUGUGUGGCGUUACGUAUCACCAGCUCAAGAUGAGGAACCCAUUGAGGGCUAUAAGGUACGCAUUUGGGAGACAGAUCAAAAUAUGAUCACUGCCAACAAUACAAUUGUGCCUAUUGGACAGAAACUCGAGGUCUUCAUCAACACACUGACGCCCGGUAAGAGCUACAAUAUGCGUGUGCUAGCCUACAGCAAUGGAGGCGAUGGACGCAUGUCCAGUCCCACUCUGCGUUUCCAAAUGGGCAAGACAACACGCAAUGCAGCGAAUACACGACACGGCCACAACAUCAAUACCGCGCUGAUCAUGAGCGUGUUAUUGUUUAUCACAACCUUUUUUUAUACCAACGCCAAUAAUUAGUAAUAAGAUAAUAUGAAAUCAAACCGUCCGAGUUUUUUGGCAAAGCGUACAGCUUUACAAAAUACAUACAAACUCAAGAGUCUCGUUUAGAUAUAAAUCAGCAAACAUUCCGUCUACUAGCGAAACCUCAGCGAAUUGAACAUAUGCGAAACAAAUAAGAAAGUGACCUUAAAUAUAUAAAAAAUAAGUAGAGCAUAUGAAUUGAAAGCAAUGUAAGCACACAAAUCUAUUAUAGUUAUAACAUAUAUAUAUGUAUGUUUCAUUUUGAAAUUACCAACGAAAGUUUUAUAAUUAGCAUAAGCACAAAGCUGUCUAUCCAUUUUACGACCUUAUCUGUGUUCGUUCGUCCUUGUUUAUGAUUUUUUAAGCAUACACUUAUACAAUGUAUUGAUUGAAUGUAA